UAUCAGAGACGAUAUUCAACAAUGCAGAUUAAUAAAAAAAUACAUUUUCUCUAUACCGCGGUAAAGCACCUGGGGGUAUCUUACAUCCAGUCUACCUAACGAGCUUCAUUAUUUUCGAGGGGCACGGCAUAUAAUCCAUGUACCCUCCGCUUCUUCACUACGAGACGCUUGACAUGGGAUGAACGUCCGCCGGAAGAGGGUUACUACGAGCGGUCAUAUCCUUGCCGCAUCAUGCUGGCUCACCAUCUGAUCUUAACCCUGAGGUGAGGUUUGAUCGGCGGAAGGGGCUCGCCAAAGCCUGCUCAGACUGCUGGCCUAUCCCAACUGAUCGCCGUUGACUUGUGGCGAUCCACGUGGGCUAUCUAUAUAAUCGCAUUACCCCAACUUCACAUCGUGAGUUCUUCUCUUUUUUUUCUCUAUCAAGCUUCGGUUCGUUCUUUGAUAUCCAAUUCGUUUCAGUUCUGUGAACUUUUCGUUCUCUUAACCUUCCCUUCGUUCUAUUCACCAUACCGCCCGGUCGGUCUUUAUUCGUUCUAUUAAAUUUACUUUCCAUACCUUUUCAAGGAAACUGAAUCUGUUGCUUGACGCCAACUCUGUUCUUCUUCUCCGUCAUCAUGUAUACCAAGGCCGCACUUAUCUCGGCUCUGUUGGCCGUUGCCGAAGCCCGUUUCAGCCAGGAGCAAAUCCCCGUUGCUGCUAUCCAGGCUUUGAGUAACUUCGGCAACCCAGGUGAAGCUCCCACUCUUGCUGGUGCUGUUCCCGGCGUACUCCUCGCCGCUGCAGACCCAUGCGCCAAGCUCACCCUCGCCGACAAGAUCGUGUCAACUCUCGGCACCGACCCUCAGGUCAUCUCAGCAGCACAGAAACUCGUUGCUGCCGAGCAGAACUUCAACCCGUUCGUGGUGUCGGUACCCAACAUCUGCGGUGAUGCCAGCCUACCCGCUACGCAAGAGCUCCGUGGAAUCGUUCCUCUAGUCGACCCUGCCGUAACCGGCUCGGACGUUGAGAACGCCAACUCGGCGACUUCGCUACAGUCUCCCUUUGACGCUGCCGGUCUUAGCGUUGCCGACGUCAUGACCGCCCAGGGCUUUUCCAACUUCACAGUGAACGGAGCCGCCGCCAGUGGCAGUGCCAACAACAGUAAUAAUAAUAACACUAAUAACACCAAUACUGGCUCAGCUACUACCGCCGCCCCUUCAGCAACUGCAACUGCUACUAAGUGCGUCAAAUCAAGCAAGACAACGACUACCGCCGCUGCUGCCACUUCUACUGCUGCUUCCGCCAACAAUAACAACACCAGCGGUAACGCCAGCGCCAACAACGGUACCGCAUCCAGCCAAGCAGGUGCCGGUGCCGUUACUAACGCUGUUACUGGUAACUUCCCUGGUUUCCAAGCUUCAAGCCUUGGUCUCGACUUCGGUACUUGCACGCCUACCGUCAAGUUUGAAGAGUCCCUCAACGGCCGCAAGGCGGGCGAGUUCACUUUCCAGGCUCAGGACCCCGUUGUCAACAAGGGCCAGCAGGAAGCUCUCAACCCCAACAUCAUUUUCAACCGCAUCUGCGACCAGCUCGUCAACGUUUGCAAUGCAUCCGACGACGCCCACACUGCUUGCAAGCAAGCUCAGGCCGACCUGGGUUCUGGUGCUAAAGAUGCCUCGACGGCUAACGCCUGGAACGAGGCUCUUGGCUUUGCCGGUGUUGACAUCAACCCCGACAACGCUCCUCAGACGGGUCUUAUCGGCCACACUUAAGUGAUGUCGCUUGGGAUUAAAGUAGGGUGGUAAAACCAUGUCUGUUCACUUGUGAUCUUGCACAGCGAAUAUUUCUAGAGAGAUAACGUGUCAUGACGUGUUUAAGAACUUUGUUGUAUCUAUUAAAUACAAAUUUUGUAUAAUCUUGAAGUGCUAUUUGAGAGUGACUCUAAUGGGUGUUAUUAAAGCAUGCUCUUCAAGAUGAUGCUGCCG